GCGAUAGCACUGAAGUCCUUCAGAGAGACCUGCAAGCCUCUGCCUCAGUUGGUGAACUUUCCCAGCAGCUGGACAUCGAGCCUAAAACAGGCAUGCAGCUAGAGGCCCAAAACCAGACUUUGCAAGAAGAGCUGCCCACUCUGCAUGGGAUAUAUGAAAAACUGGGGAAGAGCAAAUGCCAGUUGCAAGAAGAAGUGACAGAAGUCCAGCAUGAUUUGGAGACUUUCGUGCUGGAUGGCAGCCAAACAGCACAAUGUAAAAGAGAACUGGAAGAACAAGCUGACCAGGAAACAAGUCAAAAGCUACAAGACGUCAGUCUCGUUCUGCAAGCACAGGCAGCCUACCAGCCUCGAUUAGGACAAAACGGAGACAGUCAUUGUGAUCCAGUGAGAAUCCAGUUAGAAGAAAGAAUUAGAGAUCUCGAAAGUGAAUUGGACAGGGUAAAAAAAAACCCAACAAGAGAGUGCUUCUCGUAAAGAAGCAACGCGGGGAGAAAUAGAAAUGUACAAAGACCUGUAUCUGGAGGAACUGAAAACUAGAAGAUGCCUAGACAAGAAAGUGGAAAGGUUGGAAAAGCUUCUGAGGGUAGAUAGGAGGAAACUCAGGGCUAAUGAAGAGAAAGAAACCCAGUCCCAGCUGGAAGAAAUGAAGAACAGAUAUUCUGAAAAGGUCAAGGAAGUGGAUAGAUUACGAACAGAGGUUGCUGAACUUUCCCAGCAGCUGGACAGGGAAAGUAAAAAGUGCACGCAGCUGGAAGCCAAAAAUCAGGAUUUGCAAGAAGAGCUGUCUACCCUGUGUGGGAAGUGCGAAAAACUGGAGAUGGACAAAUGCCAGCUGCAAGAAGAGCUGGCAAAAGUCCAGCACCAUUUGGAGACUAACAUGGUGGAUCGCACCCAACUAGAACAAUAUAAAAGAGAGGUGGAAGAACAAGCAGACCACGAAAUAAGACAAAAACUCCAAGAAGUCAAUGAGUUUUUGCAAGCACAGGCAGCCUACCAGGACAGAUUAGAAGAAAUCAGAACCAGUCAUUUAGACUCACUGAAAAAACAGCUAGAAGACAGAAUUAGAGAUCUUGAACGUGCACAGCAAAGGACAAAAAGCAACCAACCGGAAAGACCUUUUCAAAAAGAAUCCACCCAGGCUGAAGUGGAAAAGUACAAAGAGCUCUAUCUGGUGGAAGCAAAAACCAGAAAAAGCCUAGCCAAGAAACUGGAAAGAGCUGAUGAGAGACUUGCAGAGGCCAACAUCAAGCUCCUCUUGGAGCGCCAUAGAAGCAAAUCUGCAGUCACAAGCAGUGCUGUCAGCGUACAUCUGGCUGCAAGUCCACUUCUGCAUUCAGCUGGCCUGGGAUAUCUUGGCAACAGUUUGGGACUGAACAGAAGUCUGGGUCUCAGAACACCACCCAGACAUCUGUGGUAAAGCCGAAGAUUUUAGGUCAUCAGGAACUAUUCUGCAGGCAAGCACUAGAAAGGAAGCAAACUUCAGGGACCCAAUGCAAAAGGGAGAAAAGGAGAAGACCAGGAGGGGCAGGGAGCACGAACAAGUGAGGGAAAGAAAGGACAGAGAGGUGGCAGCAAGAUGUUAAAAGAAGGAAAAGGUAGAGGAGGAAACCAUUCCUGUUUGAGGAAAAAAGCUGCCCCAGUUAAAAUGAAAAGAGUUGACAGCUGUGUCUUUUUUGAAAAAGAACAGGGAAAACAGACAAUGAAGGGAAGGACAGUGGGAGUACCCAGUGCUUCCUAAAACUGAAUUACAGCAACAGUCUUCAGCUUGUCCUUUCCAUUCUGAUUUUCCAGAAGAAAACUCUGGGCAUCUCAAAGUUUUGUCAGUAUCAAGACAGAUACCUUCAUUGCUUUCCUGGCUUCCCUGAAGGAUGUUACAGAAAUUAAACAUUUCUACAGAUUAUUUCAUGGCUCAUUGUUUUAUCCAGUUGCUAAUUUAUGC